AUGCUGAAGCUGGCAUAUUUUUCCGUGCUGCUGCUCAUUAUCCUGGUGUCUCAAGGAUCUGUGGCGGUUCAGCCUAUGUUGGAGAUUUCUAUGCAAACCAAGUUGGAUGCCCAACUUCUGGCGGUUCAGAAAAAGCUGCAGGAUCAAAACUCAGCUAAUUUUCUAUAUUUUGAGGCAAGACAACAAGCAACGGAGGCUAAAAUUGAAGCCCAACUUAAGGAGCUUCAAACGCAAACUAAGAACCAACUUCUGUUGCUGGAGAACCAACAGUCGGCCUUUCAGAAAACCCUUCUCGAAACUCUUUCCACAAUUAACAACAAUAUCUUCGAUCCCAGAUUUAAACGGAUAGGCUCCAGAUAUUUCUAUAUCGAAUAUAAUAUUCGGAAAUCCUGGGAGGAGGCUGCCGAAACAUGUCAUCAAAUGGGCGGCUAUCUGGCUGCUUUUAAAACCCAAGAGGAACUCGCAGCCAUAAUGCCGAAACUUAAGACUUGGUUCUGGUACUGGACUGGCAUCAGGCAUUUGAAGGAGGAUGGCAGGCUCAUAUCUACGGCCUCCGGGAAGACAGCCACCGCUUUUAAAUGGCGGGAGGGAGAGCCCAGAAAUGACGGUCCCUGCGUUCUACUAAAUAACAUUGAGAUGAUUGAUUACCGUUGCACUUCUAAACAAUACUUUAUUUGCCAAUCUGAUAAUGAAACAUAA